AUGAGCGUAGUGAUGGAGUUGAAGAGGAAGGAGCCUGGUGACGCCGUGGCGGGCGAUGCCAGUAGGGGCAGCGGUGCUGCCGUCCCAAGCCAGAGAGAGGCUCUGCCGCCUGGGGGCGGCGGGGCAUUUUCCCGGGAAACGGCCCGUGAUGGGCGAAAUCACCCGCGGGAAAGCAGCUGGGACAACAUACCGGGAGCGAGUCCUGGGGUUCCAGCGAGAGUGACGACUGGCUGGGCAAGUAGAUCGGGAGCGAAUCCUGUGGGGCCAGCCGGAAUGAGCCCGGGCGUAGGACCGGACCGCGGGGAAGCGAGGGGGUUAAGCCCCCAAGGCUUGGACGGGCAGUUUAUCGGCAAUGCCGAGAAGCACGCACCCGUCGGUGACCCAAACAGGCCUAGCUCGGAGCUGUAUAGCUUGGGCUACACAAGUGAUGAGGUUCAGAGGGGCCUCCAGGCGUUCCACUUUGUGACUACAGCCAUCGUCCGAGAAGCCGACAAGGCAAUCGUGAACAAAUGCGAGACCGCAAAGGAAAUUCUUGCGGAACUCGACAAAGUACACAACCCGGAGUCGCAGGGCUCGAAACAAGCCCUCAUGAAGAAGAUGUUUCGAUUCACGAUCCCCGCACACAGCAACAGCAACCCUGUCGAGCAUCUAUACACGCUCGAGCUGCUGUACUCACGACUGCGGGAAAAAGGGCUCAACGCUGACACACCCUUUGUUCUCGCACACUUUGUCGAUGCCCUUCCACCCGAGUACCAACAAGCCAAAUUCUUGUUGGAGACGGCUACAACUCUGGACCGGGGCGAGAUAAUCAGGGUCGUCAGUACCGUGCACGCGAGCCUCCCGGAGGGGAGGAGGGCCACGAAGGGCCAGCGGAAGGCGGAGCAUGCUUUCCUCGCGAGCGACGGUGGCAACAGGGGCGGAGCGCCCGGCCGCAGCAGCGGCGGCCACAGCAAGGGCGGCGGCGGCGGUGGCAGCCAGAAGGGGAAAGGGGGUGGUCGCAAGGGCGGUGGUGGUGGCAACAGCGGCGGAGGCGGCGGCGGUGCAGGUAGCACGCAUGGUCGCUGCUUCCGGUGCGGAGAGAAGGGUCACCAGUCGGCUGCCUGUACCAAGCCCGAGCCCCUGCGAUGCGAGAAAUGCCUGGGCUACGGACACGACAAGAGCAAGUGCUCGUCCGAGCAGGCGGUGCUCGCGGUGGAGCUGCCGGUCUUGGACGCCACCGCACUGGACGUGGCAGAGGAGGCGCUAGUGGUCCGUGACUUCACAGGCGAGUGGAACAGAGUCGUUGAUCGAGGGGGUGUAGAGCAGGCCAGGCAGGAAAGGUUUGUGGCCGAUACCGGCGCAACCAACCACAUGUUCCCGAGCGCUAACGCGUUCGAAAACUACCAUGAGUGCGAUCGACGUUUGAGUGUCGCCGCAGGGAAGCAAGCCUUCGCCAUAGUAGGCUACGGCGACGUGAGGGUGACCAUCGGUUCUCGCGUUGGGACCACAGACCUGCUGUUGAAACGGGUCGCUCAUGUGCCGGAGCUGAAUUACAACCUCGUGUCCCUCACAGCCCUUUUGAAGCAAACCAAGGGCCGCUUAGCCGCAGACGAGCGUGAGUUGGAGGUGUUCGUUGGUGGGGGGGAGUCGAUGUACUUCCCUCGAUGGGGGGACCUGUUCGUUCAGACUGGUCUCCGCAUAGACUCAGGCAGGGAACUAGCCUGUGCCAUAAUUGCUCCUGGUAACGCGAAAGCGAACCGCACCCCCGUUGACAUCAACGACUUCCACUGCGCGCACGGCCACUCCCACGAGGUGCUGCUGAAGAACACGGCGAAGCAGCAAGGGGUGACGCUGGUGGGCCAGCUCCGGGAGUGCAUGGGGUGCUCGACGGCAAAGGGGCUACCCAAGCCCAUCCCCAACAGGACGUCCACCCGAGCACCGCUGCCUCCCAUUGCAGAGGAGGACGAGGAGCUCACGACUGGGGAGCACGAGGGCGGGGAGGGUGCGUCAUGCCACGGUGGAGGGAGGGCGGAGGGAGAACCUGAGGAUGGAGGUUUCCACCUUGACACGACGGCAAACCCGGGGCCCGCGGAGCCGCCCGCGCGUGAUGCGCCGGCGGCGCCGCCGGCCGCGCCCCAGGAGUCGGGCGCGGGCGACGCUGGCGAUGGCGCCCCCUCGAGCAGGGAGGGCGCGAGCGUCGCCCCAUCUACCACGUCGACCGGGAUGGCCGAUGUGGGCGGCGGCGAGGACGACCGUCGCAGCAGCAGCAGCCGCGGUGGCGGCAGCAGCAGCAGCGGCAGCAGCAGCAGCAGCAGCAGCAGCAACAGCAGCGGUAGCGGCAGUGACAGCGGCAGCGACAGCGAUAGUGACAGCGGCAGCGACAGCUACAGCGGCAGCGACACGGGCAUCCCGGCGCUCCGCGGGCCCGAGGGACGGAAGCUCGCCCGCUUUGGCGAGCCGGCGGAGCUCACCAGCCGCCGACUCAGGGAGAACCCUCGCCGGAACAUGAGGUACGAGUCGUCGCCGUCGCCAACGAGUGCCGAAGGCCUGCUCGCCCGCCAUGCGUCGGAGGCGGGGCUGCCCAUCCUGCCCAUCAACAGCACGACGGAGCACACCCACUGGAUGAUCGCGUGUGUGGUCGACGUGGUGGAAGAGCUAAAGGCGAGGGCAGUGCAAGCGCUGCUGUGCGAGCGCGCGGAGGAGGCCAACAUCGCGCGCCAAGAGGCAGAGGACUUCCUGCUGGGAGCGGAGGACCUCGUGCUCAACUCUCCAGACGCCUUCGCGAGGGCCCUGGCGUCGACCGAGCUGAGUACAGAAUCCCCGAUAGGCAAGCGACCGAAGCGGGAUGACGAGAGUGGAGGGGAAUGGCCGGUGAGGGAGGCCAUCGGCAGCAUGAUGUGGGUGUCGACGUUCUCGCGCCCGGACAUCUCGUUCGCCGUGCGUGCGGUAGCGCGCCAUGCCCAUGCCCCUGCCGAGAGGCACUGGAAGGCGAUCGUGAAGAUCCUCGCCUACCUCAAAGAGACGAGGGACCUCGGGAUCACCUACGAACGGGGAUCGGGGUUGGGGCUGGCGGUGUACGUGGACGCUAGCUACGCCGACGCUGAGGAUAGGCGUUCGGUGUCAGGGCUGGCAACAACGGUUGGAGGGACCGUCAUCAGCCACGGUAGCAAGACGCAAGCUAUCGUAUCUUUGUCGUCUACGGAGGCAGAGUACAUUGCUGCCGGGGAGGGUGUGAAGGAAGCUUUGUUUGUGCGUGCAGUGCUUUCGUUUAUUGCCCCAGAGACCAGUGGCAGCAGCAUUCAGGUCCUUGAGGACAAUCAGGGGGCUAUGGCUUUGGUGCAGAACCCCCUCAGCUCAGCGCGUAGCAAGCACAUCGACGUGAGGUACCACUUCAUUCGUGGAUUGUUCAGGUCGGGGGACAUCUCGAUCAAGUUUGUGUCGACGUCGGAGCAGCAUGCCGACAUGCUUACCAAGGCUCUUAGCAAGAGCAGUCUGCAGUACCACCGGCGCAAGUUGAUGAAUUUGCCGGAGUAG